UGCGAAGCCAUCAACAUGGCCGCCGCGUCCCAGAAUGCAACGCGCCGCCCAAGCCCUAUAAUAGUGCGAGAAAUGCGAGUGCCCCCCUGUUUCAUUUCUGUUCAUCGGCUUAGGAGUGUUGCGCCCACACCUGUACCAGCAAUGGAUUCGUUUAAGACUCUACUCAAGUUCCUCACCAAUAAGAAGUCCUCUAUCGGGUACUGCUUCAUGGCUGUUGUGACAAUAGGUAGAGAACAAAUUUUUGCCUUUGUGUCUUUCCAGUGUCCAUGCAACCGUAGUCAGAAUUUUGCCUAUGGAUUAACUUUUCUGCUUGGCCCUGCUGUUGUUUUGUUGGCGAUUGGUCUCUUUGUUUGCACACGUCUUUGGCGGUUAUAUACAGGGUGUUGUCUCAACCCUUCCAAACUCUGCCCCAGUGGUAACUUUGUGGGAUGCGCAAAAGUGAUUGUAAAAGUGCUGUGUGGAGCCUGCAUUGCCCCUGUCAUGUGGCUUAGUGUAGCACUGUUAAAUGGAACUUUUUAUGAGUGUGCUGUUAGUGGCCUGGAUGAAAAUGUGCUGGUGCAAAUUAUCUGCAAAAACAAGACCCGUAUAUGCCAGGACGAGUUGCCCAGAGUGCCCUGCAGCAAGUCCCAGCUUCCUGAGAAAGAAAACACGGAACUGCUGUUGAUGUUGAGAGCCCAGUCACAGAUCCUCGGCUGGUCCAUCAUUAUCAUAUCGGCAACCGUAUUACUAAUUGGGAAUUGCUUUAAAAACUGUCGCUCUCAAGUAAGCUACCUUCAGUUAACUUUCCAGAAGAUCUACACGGAGAACGAAAGGGAACAGUUUGAGUUGUUUGCAGAAGAUUUUGCUACCAAACUGGCAGAGAGAAACCUCAAGAGUUUCUUCGACAACAAAAGUCCCGAACCUUUUCCCUUACCAAAUCACAAGGCCUGGAAGGAGAUCUCUACUAUAUACACUUUUAAGAAAAGUGAACCAUACGACAGCACACUGCAGAGAUAUGUAGAGUGCACUUAUCUUGACAGCCCUGAGAAGCAACUUUUUAUGGAGGGGGAAGAUGGCAAAGAGGUGGUAUAGAACACUACAUGGACUGGUAACUUUAGAGAGAACAUUUUUAAGUUGACCUGGAAGACAAAAAGCCACUGUGAAUCAAGACAGAAUUAUAUUUUUGUUUGGUAGUUACAACCUGUUCUGACAGUUUUUAGAAAUGUUGUUUUACCCAUUGAGGAAGUGGUCGUAGUGCUAUUCAAACUUUGUGUAAUUUAAUACUUUUAUAUCAGUAAACCAACACAGGCCUCAAGCCCUAGGGGUUUCACACAUUUGAGUGACACUUUUAGUAACAACAUCCAAUUUGCAUAGCAUACUACUAAAAAUGUCAAAAAAUGAAUCACAUUCUCAAGGCAAUUGUCAUUUAGCCCUUGUGCACUCUUUGAAUCAAUAGCUCUCUUAUGCCUAUCUACAUUUUAAAACCUUCUUCACAAUAUUCUUAUAAAACAGACAGUGUGCAACUUUUAUGCACUUCUGUAUAGUAUUGAUAAGUAAAUGUCCAGCACAAUAUUGAUUACCUCUACAAUAAGGUCUCAUUGUACUUAUGCCAACCAACUAAAUCUAGAACAUGGAAACCACAUUUCUUAUUUCCUCUGUAGGUUUUAAGCAGAAGACCUGACAAACAGGAAACCACAUGCAGUGUCCCCGACACUCAUUUCCUCAGUAGUUUAUACCCAGAGAUUAGUUCUGAAUGGGCCUCUGUGAUCAAAAUGAGUUUAUCUUAGCAAAAAAAUUACAAAUUAAAAACCAACAACAAUAAAAAAGGGCCAGGACCAAUUACAAUAUAAUGUCAUAAAUAUUACACAUAGUAAGGUUGUGGUUUCAGACAUGUUUGUGGUAUGCUUUUCCUGCACUGUUGUGAAAGAGAAGUACAUAUGCCAACAACUAUAUUAAUGUAUAUUAAACUGUUAUUCAAUGUAAGACUGUUUAUAGUUAAGUGUGCAAUAAAUAUUGAUUGGAACGAAGUAACAAAAUGUAGCAUAAUAACUAAUGACAAUGGAACUGAGUCUGAGCCACAGAGCAUUGCCCUUGUGUACAAACCUGAGUCUGAGCUUGACUCAAGGUCUUUCCUUUAAAGGAUAGGGGCAAUGGCAAAAACUACAAUAACAAACACUCAGUCCAUCUGCCUCAACUGAUUUAAAAGUAACAUAUAAAUAAACAAAUUGUUUAUGCAUGUGCA